CUGUUGUUGUUGGGCAGUAUCCAAUGCUUUUCCUGUCUUGCUCUUCACUGUCUACACUCUACUCCCUCUUCCUCCUUUUAAUUUUCUCUCCUUUUCUCUCUCUUUGCUUUAUUAAUUUCUCUUUGUUUUCAAGUGACGAUGCUGAUGAUGUUAUCAUGGAGUUCACUGCCAUUUUCUCUUGCGUACACAUUUCUCUUCCUUUCAACCUUCUUAACAUUCUCGCAUGGAGUUUUUGUCUCUCACUCUACCACACCCCUUGUACAACUCACUUCGGGGAAAGUAAAUGGAAGUGAGGCAAAGUAUGUGGUGGAGUUUUCAUGGGGGACUACUAGGAGGUCUGUAGCGGAGGGGCCGAUUGGUGAACCUGUGCCAGUGGAGAUCAGUACUUCACCCCUUGUUUUGGCUGCUGAGAGGACUUACAGAAAGGACCCUCUUAAUGGAUUCAAGAGAUACACAGGAGGAUGGAAUAUCAGGGAGCGCCAUUACUGGGCUUCUGUGGCUUUUACUGCACUUCCUCUGUUUGCAAUUGCUGCAAUCUGGUUUGUUGGCUUUGGGUUAUGCUUAUUGCUCAUCUUUCUCUGUUAUUUCUGCUAUAAAAGGCAGCCAUAUGGAUAUUCUCGAAUUGCUUAUGCAAUCUCUCUCAUUUUCCUCGUGUUGUUCACAGUUGCUGCAAUGCUUGGCUGCAUUGUCCUAUAUGUUGGCCAGGGGAGGUUUCAUAAUAGCACUACAAAAACAUUAGCUUAUGUUGUAAAUCAGGCAGAUAUGACUGUCAGGAAACUAAAGGAUGUGUCAGACUCUCUUGCAACAGCUAAGCAGAUUGGAGUUGAUAAAGUUUUUCUACCUUCUAAUGUCCAAACAGAUAUUGAUGAGAUAGGAGCAAAAAUUAAUUCUUCUGGAAGCACCCUAGCUGACAAAACAGUGGAUAAUUCAAAUGACAUUCGAGAUCUCCUAGAUUCUGUGAGAGUGGCUCUUAUUGUAAUGGCUGCUAUCAUGCUUCUAUUGACAUUUCUUGGAUUCUUGUUCUCAAUUUUUGGGAUGCAGCUUCUUGUUUACAUCUUAGUGAUACUAGGAUGGAUGCUUGUCACUGGAACAUUCAUUCUUUGUGGUACAUUCCUUGUUCUCCAUAAUGUGGCUGCAGAUACUUGUAUUGCAAUGCAUGAUUGGGUCCAAAAUCCCACUGCUCAUACGGCUUUAGAUGAUAUAAUGCCUUGUGUGGACAAUGCUACAGCCCAAGAAACAUUGCUGAAAAGCAGGGAAGUUACUUCCCAGCUUGUUGAAGUGAUUAACCAGGUCAUAACCAAUGUGUCGAACAUCAAUUUUUCACCAAACUUUCCAACCAUGUACUUCAAUCAAUCCGGUCCAUUGGUGCCGGUACUCUGCAAUCCUUUCUUUCCUGACCUUACAGAUCGAAUUUGCACUGCUGGUGAAGUGACUGCAGAUAAUGCAACAGAGGUAUGGAGGAACUAUGUCUGUCAGGUUUCUGCAACUGGAAUAUGCACCACAACAGGACGAUUAACUCCGGCCUUCUAUGACCAGAUGACAGCUGCAGUAAAUGUGGGCUCUGCAUUAUACAAUUAUGCUCCUUUCCUUGUUCAGCUACAAGACUGCACAUUUGCGAGGGAAACUUUUACAGGCAUUUAUGUAGAACACUGCCCUGGUCUACGGCGAUAUAGUAGAUGGAUCUAUAUAGGACUGGUAAUGGUCUCAACUGCAGUUAUGCUCUCUUUAAUCUUCUGGGUAAUAUAUGGGCGAGAGAGACGCCAUCGCCUUUAUACAAAACAGUUAAGCGAGGGUCCUGAAGCAGACAAAGACUCUUGAAAGAAGCUUUUCUUUCACUUUGUGUGCAGGAAUGGGAAUGGUUGUUUCUUUGCAGUUGUGGUCUGCAGCUUCAUUCUAUGUUGUAAGUCCUUUUCCUGUGUUCUGUCCAGAUAAAACUGUAACCAACCCACGCCAGUAAUCAAAGAAUCCAGGUCCAUAAGUGGGUUGUACCUUGUAGUGUUAAAAGACUCGCAUGAUCAGAUUGAAAGGAUUUGUUUUGGGGGAAUUUCAUCACAUGCAGACUUUGGUUAAAUUCUUUCCCUGCCAUGAUGAUCCGUUUCAUGCUUUUUUGCUACUUUCUUUUCACAACCAAAUGAAGAACUUCAAUUUCUGUUUGUUGAUCCCAUUUCAAGAACCAUGUUAA